AUGUCGGCCUCGAAAUCCAGAUGGGCCGACGAAGAUCCUGAGGAAGAAGCGCUCAUCGCCCAGCGCAAACGCGAAAAGGAGGAGAAACGACGGGCUAAAGCCGAGAAACAACAGCUGGAAGAGCAGGCGAAGGCUCAAGCAGUGCAACGUCAAUCCGCUGACACCGCACCCAAUGGUGACCCGGAUGCGCCUCCGAAAAAACGUCGACGACUAUCAAACGAACAGCAGCCGGCUUCCGAAGUCGAGCAGCAAUCCAAACAAGGGAAGCUCGGGAACUUGUUGGUGUUCCCCGGGUCGGAAUGGGGCCCCUGUCGCCAUGUGGACAAUUUCGAGAGAUUGAAUCAUAUUGAGGAGGGUUCGUACGGUUGGGUUAGCCGGGCGAAGGAGCUUGCGACCGGCGAGGUGGUCGCGUUGAAGAAGCUCAAGUUGGACAACUCCCCAGACGGAUUCCCCGUAACUGGCCUGCGGGAGAUCCAAACCCUCUUCGAAGCUCGCCAUCAGAAUGUGGUAUACCUGCGCGAAGUUGUUAUGGGCAAUAAAAUGGACGAUGUCUUCCUCGUAAUGGACUUUCUCGAACACGAUCUCAAGACCCUCCUCGACGACAUGCGCGAGCCAUUCCUUCCCUCAGAAAUCAAAACCCUACUCCUCCAAUUCGUGUCAGGCCUCGGCUUCCUGCACUCGCAAUGGAUCAUGCACCGCGACCUGAAAACAUCUAACCUCCUCAUGAACAACCGCGGCGAGCUCAAAAUCGCUGACUUUGGAAUGGCCCGUUAUUACGGUGACCCUCCGCCUAAGCUUACCCAGCUCGUUGUGACGCUAUGGUAUCGUUCCCCGGAACUCCUGUUAGGCGCCGAGACUUACGGCACGGAAAUUGAUAUGUGGAGUGUUGGCUGUAUAUUUGGGGAACUCCUCACGAAAGAACCCCUCCUCCAAGGGAAGAAUGAAGUUGAUCAGGUAUCGAAGAUAUUCGCCCUAACCGGCCCCCCAACACCCCAAACCUGGCCCGGUUUCCGCUCCCUCCCAAACGCAAAGUCUCUCCGUCUCCCAUCCUCUCAAUCAACACCAUCAUCGACAUUACUCCCGCGCGCCAAAUUCCCAUUCCUCACAAACGCCGGUCUGCAGCUCCUCUCCUCGCUCCUCGCAUUGAAUCCAACGUCGCGGCCCUCCGCUGCGGAAUGCCUCGCGCACCCAUAUUUCCGUGAGGAUCCAAGACCCAAGCCGAAGGAGAUGUUUCCGACUUUCCCAUCGAAGGCGGGUAUGGAGAAGAGGAGGAGAAGGGAGACGCCUGAGGCGCCGAAGAGGGGGCAAGAGGCACCCAAGUUGGAUUUUGCAAGUGUGUUUGGUGGCCAGGGUGGUGAUGAUGGCGGGGAGACGGGGGCGGGUUUCACGCUACGCCUGGGAUAA